CUCGUCAAGUAGGUGGACUACCAAUCCGCAAUCCGCUUAGGAAAGCCGGGCCAGGAGAGCCAGGGUCGCGUCUGCCCCUAGCCCUCCUGGCACUCCCUCCCACUCCGUCCCCCCCGGUCGCUUGUUCUCCUGGCCCUUGCUAGGAAUCGGUCUCCAUUAGAAUUCUAAUUAAAUUCCCAGUAUGGCUCAACGGAGGACUGUAGAGUCGAUCCAGUCUCGACCGUCUAUCCCCCAGCCUCAGCACUCCAGUCUGAGCGAGCCGCACCCCGACCACGAAGGGAAGCAUCGACAUCAUCUACAACUAAAGCUCCGAUCGCCUGCACCCCAACCUGAUCAAGACAACCCUCAACCACUUCCAGGUCCCUCAGCUUCAGCGUCACCAGCACCAGCACCGACACUACUAGUACCACAACCCUCCUCCGCCGGAUCAGCACAGGCACAGACGUUGCCAUCCACUCCAGGGACAGCCACAGCAGCUAUAUCAACGGCAGCAACAACAACAUCAACAUCAACAACAUCAACAGCAACAACAUCAACACCUACUCCGGAUCUACAGCAACCAGGCGAAGAGGCGAGCUCGGCUACCACUUGUACACCUCCGGUUGAGAUAGUCGAAACAGGGGCUGGACAGAGCUCCGUCAGAAGUGGUGACCCAGGGAUAGCUACGGACAGUGCUCCCACCAUCACAACCACCACCAGUGCCACUGCCUGCACCACCAGCACUCACCAAGAUCCCCGCGCGCCCUCAGAAAUCGCUCCUCCUUUGGCCGAUACAGUAUCCGGGUACAACCAGCAACAGAUCGGAGCACCGCACAACGGCAGUGCACCCCGUGUCCUAGUGCCCACGCCCAUGUCCCAUCCGCAACAACCAUCUGGCCCACCUACACCUCGCCAAACACCGACCAUGAACUAUCCCGCCCCGAGUCCAUAUCCGCCUGCGGGCAUGUCCCCGGGUGCGCAGUACGCAUAUGGAGCGCAAGCGGUUGCCCAUGUUGACCCCUACCGAACGAACCAGACGGCGCUCCCGAGCAUGCGAACGUUUGACCAUGUGCAGCAACAGCACGCUCAACACCAGAUGCCCCUGCCGAACCAUAUGGCCGUCUCGAUGGCCCCAAACCAGAUGAGCUACUAUGCGCCCAUGCACGCAGCAUACCAGAUGCACCCGGGGCAGAGCGUGGUGCACUAUGCCUUGACAGGCCUCACGCCGGACCCGCGCAUCGCUCUGAGCGGAGGAAGGCACAAGAAGCCCUCACAUGCGACCCUCCCCCUCUUCCAUCUCCUCUCUCCCCUCCUCCUCCUCCUCCUCCUCUGUUUCCUGGGACCCAUGCUCGCUCGCGCAACACACUAG